CCGGCUCACACUGCAGCAUGAGGCGGCAGGAGGCGUGAGGAGACACCGACUGAUCAGAGCCCCGCAGCCCCGCAGCCCCCUGCUCACACCCGGCUGCUGCUCGGAGGAUCCGCGCUGCACUUUGACCGGAGACUUUGAGAGGAGUUUGUGAUUUGGAUCGUGCACGCGCAGGAGUAAAGACCUGGCAGGAAGACACCGCCCCGGACGCAGGUGAGAGGAGCCUCCACCGGCUUCCAGGUGCAGAAAAUCAGGAUUCGCGCACGGCUUUUUUACGCACGGGUGGACUCUCGGGGGGAGUUAUGGCUCUCCGGGGGAAGCUGGGAAUCUAAGCUCCCCGAGUCCAAAGGGAACUGGACUGACUGGAAGCCGAUUUGUUAAUAUCUUCACCAUCUUCCUCGUUUGCUCAGCUCCAGGUGCCUAUAAUGUUCCAGCACAGCAAUAACAAGAAAUGCUUCACCAUAGAGUCUCUGGUCGGGAAGGAGGCGGUCAGCCACAGCGGCGGCGGCUCCGGGGACGAGCCCAUCCGGCCCACAGCGCUCAGGUUCCCGGAGUCCCUGCACCCUGCCGCCGGGGUCUUCGGCUCCUGCUUCCAGGGGAGCAGCGGAAGGACUUUGUACUCGGCCGGGCCGGACAUGGUGCUCCAUGAGUCCGGGACGCACACGCAGAGCCCCGGCGGGCUCCCGCUGCACCCGCUUCAGAUCCCCCCGCAGAGCUUCUUCAGCCCGCAGCACCGGGACGCGCUCAGCUUCUACCCGUGGGUGCUGCGGAGCCGGUACCUGGGACACCGCUUCCAAGGGGACGACAGCAGUCCGGAGAACCUGCUGCUUCACGGUCCGUUCUCCAGGAAACCUAAAAGGAUCCGGACGGCGUUCUCGCCCUCUCAGCUGCUGCGGCUGGAACGAGCCUUCGAGAAAAAUCACUACGUAGUCGGAGCCGAGAGGAAGCAGCUGGCCAGCGGUCUGUGUCUAACUGAGACGCAGGUGAAGGUUUGGUUUCAGAACCGCAGGACGAAGCACAAGCGUCAGAAGUUGGAGGAAGAGUCUCCAGAAGCUCAGCAGAAGAGGAAGGGCAGUCAGCACAUCAACCGCUGGAGAGCAGCCACACAGCAGCCCGGGGGGGAGGACGUGGACGUCAUCAGCGACGACUAGACUGCAGCGCGCACACAAACACAAACACACGUCAGACAUCUAAAUAACUUUAAAGGUGCGUUCAGACGCCUCUUCACAUUUUGUGUCAACAAUCAGACUCAUGUGGGCGGGUUUGGCCGAAGGCUCAGGUUCAGUUUUUCUUCCUGCCAAUUAAAAUGUUGCAGCAAACAUUUUAA